AUGGGACUCUUGUUCACACCGAAGCAUCAAAAACUAGUCAAUCAAUGUUAUCCCAGUGGGCGAACUACUGACAAGAAGCCCAAGUCCUCAGAAACCUCCUAUUUGCUUUACUAUGUCAAUUCACGAAGGACCAAAUUGGAGAAGGUCAGUACAUUUCUGGCUCGGAAAAGCACGGCAGACUUAAACCAUCGACGUAUUGGUAACAUUUCCGUCACGCUCGAGCUAAUGGACAAGAUUGUGAAUCAUUGUAAGGAGAAUUUGAAUGUUUUUGUCAGGGACUUCUUGCAGAUUAUGACAAAAGUACUGUCUAAUAAUAAUGUAAACAACGAUAUUGGGGUAGUAGGCAACGCUGAGCAGACAUUCGGAAGUAUAUGCCGUCAUUUGGAUGGGGCUAUGUGCAAUGGUGAUGCGGAGUUCAUGAAGUCAUUCCAACUAUUUGUCGAUUUGUAUUGGCAAGUAGCGACUGACAGAGUCCGUGAUGAUAAAUUAUUACUGAAGGGCUGUACAGAUAUUUCAACCGUGGCAAACCUGUCUCUGAAUCCACAGGCAAACAGACUUUUAUCCCAAGCGGUGGAACUUUCCCUCAAAAAAUUUCAAGAAAAGCAUUCACAAUACAUCACUGAGAGUUUGGAUACUGCAGGAGGCCUUCCUGUUACAAAAAGACUAACAAGGACGCAGACCCAUGCGCUGGGCUUAGAUGACAUCAUGAGCAAUGAUGAUUUGUCGAUAGAGGCUCUUCGGUCGUUUUUUAAUACAUCAGAGACUGAUAAACUAACCUUAUCCAUAAAGGCUCUUCUAAAAGUGUUACUCAAAACCCCUAAUAAAAGCUUACUACAAUUUAUCUGCAAUGGCAUUCCAGUUCAGCUAAGAUAUAUUGUCAUUUUGAUUUUCAUUCGCCAGCUCAAUACAGAUUCCCAACAAGCAGUUAUCACCUUGAAGUUAAUAUCUAGCCUCUUAGUAUCUGAGGUCAGCAUUGUUGGUUUGAGUGUUCUUGACGUAAUGCGGAGGGUACUGAACACUCAGAUGGCCGAAGGCGUCUCGCAAGAGGUUUGCGAUCAAUGUGCCAUCGUCAUCGGAAAUCUGAAUCGCAAGACAUAUUACAGAGACCAGACCUCUGAUAUGUUCUCAGAAAUUUUAAUACGCCUCAAGGACGACAGAAAUUCACGCUUCUCCUCUAUUCUGCGCAGGGACUUGCAGGAAUUAGCCUCUUCGACCUUUAGGCCGUCUCUAAAUUUGGAAACCUAUCUGGAGUUAACUCCCUUCAUCGAUGAACCCUUCAAAUUUUUUGAAACUGUGAGUGAUUCCGUGAAUGGCUCUUUUUCCUUAUCGAAGUUAUUUCACGUUAUAGACACUCUUAAGGCCGCUGAUGACCAGCAUCGCUUCAUCGAUGCAGCUCUCAAAAAAUUCAGAGGCGUGGCUUUGUUGGCUGGCCUUAGACAUUAUCUGAAUUACGGUGAGGGUGCCAAAGAGUGUUAUUACUUUUAUCAUUUGGCAGCUGCCAACUUUCUUGAGUUGACGGAUUAUCAAUCACAAGCAAAGCUCAAUUACACCAAUCAAACGCCAUUCGCACAAAAAGAUUUGCUACAGUACUACUCUGAUGGAGGGAGAAAUAAGUAUUCGGAGAAAGGUAAGAGAAUUAUUUUGUCAAAGGAAACUAACAUUUCAACUACGGAUCUUAUGUCAAAUGGUUUUAGCGCAUCUGGUGGCAAAACGGAGGAGACUCACAACUUCAGUAACGCCACAGAUGGCGCUACAUUGGAUUCUUCUCCGGUGCCAUACGACUUGUAUCGGGUUCCGAAGUUAGCUCUCCAAUCUGACGCUAGAUCUUUGAAAACCUUAAGGCACCUAUCUCCUAAGGUCAAAGAUCUUAAGGCGCUUCAGAGCAAUGGAACACCCACUCACCCCCCUACUCUGACAACAAGAGGGUCGCAAUCUGUCAAAUCCCAUAUCACUAAUAUUACUUUUCUUCUUUCCGAACUAGGCGACGAUAUUCCGGAUUCUAACAUACAAGACCCCGAUGAGGAAGAAGUGAUCGGGCUUGAGAAAUCAGAUCUUGCUAGAUCAGAAUCUUUAAAACUUUUGAAUAUAGCUUCAAAAGGUGCCAAGCGUUUGAGCAUUCCGGUAAGGCUUCAAGAGGAUGGUGACGAAUUCAAAGAUGCCCACGAGGAUUUCCAAAUCACAUCAACCAGAGGUAAAAUAUUCACAGCGUGA